AAGACUUUGGCCCCUGUCUCUUUUCACAAACUCCGACGCCAAUAGGAAAAGAGAAAACUAUAUUCGUUGUUAUAAUUUCAUCGAGGGCGGUCGAGAUCGAAGACCUCAAAUCGAGGGUUCGAAGUCCAAAUAUCAAAAAAUCUUUAUUUGGAAUCGUCUUGUUCGAUCUUUGAUUGUAGUUUUUGCUGGUCAAAGAAGUAAAGGAACUUUUUGUGACAUCAUCUUCCGUUGAAGCUGUGAGAUGGCAGAGAAAGCAUGUGUAAAGCGCCUUCAGAAGGAAUAUAGAGCAUUGUGUAAAGAACCUGUUUCCCAUGUUGUGGCCCGUCCUUCUCCAAAUGACAUUCUCGAGUGGCAUUAUGUAUUGGAGGGUAGUGAAGGAACAGCUUUUGCAGGUGGAUAUUACUAUGGAAAGAUCAAGUUUCCUCCAGAGUAUCCCUUUAAACCACCAGGAAUCAGCAUGACUACUCCUAAUGGACGGUUUAUGACACAAAAGAAAAUUUGCCUGUCAAUGAGUGAUUUCCAUCCAGAAAGUUGGAACCCGAUGUGGUCUGUGUCAAGCAUACUUACAGGGCUUCUUUCAUUCAUGAUGGACAAUAGUCCUACCACCGGCAGUGUAAAUACUACUGUGGUUGAGAAGCAACGGCUUGCAAAGGCUUCUCUGGCUUUCAAUUGUAAAAACCCAACGUUUAGGAAAUUAUUUCCGGAGUAUGUGGAGAAGUAUGAACAACAGCAGCUCUCUGAGCAGCCUGUUCCAGAGCAGUUACCAUCAGUGCCAACUCAAGAAGAUAAUUCCCGAAACUUGUUGGAGAAGCGUGGUAAUUUGAUGAGAGAGGAACCAAAUAGAGUUGAAGCCCCCAUAGACAUGAAUAACCGGAAGCGGAAAUCUUUUCCAACCUGGGUCCUGUUGCUGUUAGUUUCCAUUUUUGGUAUUUUAAUGGCCUUGCCUCUGCUUCAACUUUGAUAUUCCCACUAUGAGGGAAAACCUUAGGAUGCUUGGUAGGCAUAGCCGCUUGCAACCUUUUUUUGUGUUUUUUUUUGUUCUCACUUGCUGCUUCAAUAGACUUCUUCUCUUUAAUGUUAUGUCUGGGGAUUGUCAUGUACCUAAUGAAACUUGUAUAGGGGUUGUGCUAAUGGAGGACGAUCAAUUAUACCUUUAGGCCAAGGUGAUUCCCCUUCUAUUUUACUGUUUUGCAGUUUCUUUGGUCAAUGUUGAAACAUUACAUGCUUGUAAUGUUUCCUUGAUUGAUUCAGAGUUUCUGUUGGUUUCUGUUUUCUUGAUACUUCCACCUUUCUUGUCUCUAUGAGACGUGGAUCCAUGAAAAAUUUAGAUCUGGUGGUGCAGCCUACAG